AUGGCUCCAGCAGCAUCCAGUGCGCUGACGCAGGCGCCCGGCUUCGGGCGGCGGGUGCUGGUGGCUGCAACAGCUUGCGGAAUCGCCGCCUUUGCUGUGCGCGGAGUAGCCACGCGGCUUCAGAACGCCUUGCUGUACCAUCCCCGGGCCAUUCCUGGAGAUUCGUACUAUGAAAAAGCUAUUGCAGAGAUGUCCCUCAGAAUGCAGCUCCACGGGUACAAGAUCAAGGAGCUUGAUUAUGUUGUGCAGAAGCGACAGCAAAAGGCUUUGUUCGUUCGCCCUGAAGAGAUGACGGAUUGCCCUUUAUGGUUGGUGUUUGGUGGAAAUGCCAUGGUUUCAGCCGACUGGCUGCCUUUCUGUGAGGCUGCCGUGUCGAUGAAGGCUCAGGACACGCGUGCCAUGCCAUGCUUCCUGCUGAUCGACUACCCUGGUUUUGGCUUCAACAGCGGAGAGCCAUCUCCUCCAGCCGCCCUGGAGUCUUCCAAGCAAGCAUUGGCACAGCUACUAAGUGAGCUUGGGCGAAAGUCGCCAGAAUCAAUCAACCUGCUUGGGCACAGCUUGGGGGCAGCUGCUGCAUCGCAGCUUGCAGCAAGCCUUUCCAGGUCUGAUGAGUAUGCGAAAGCACAACCGGGGCGUUUGCUUCUGUCUUCCCCGUUUCUCAGCGUCGACGAAAUGGCAGCAGUUUUGUUCGGUGGUCUCUUGCCUCGAUGGCUUUUGCGGGCAUUGGUGACCCACAGAUGGAACAAUGCCGCGACUGUGCCUGAAGCAGCCGCUGCGGGCUGGCAGGUUUCGAUAGUUCACCCGCCGGACGAUGAGAUCGUCCCUUUUCAGCACGGGGAGGAGCUGCAAAACUCAGUUCGAGCUUUGGGCAAGGAGUGCGAGCUGCUGCGGCCAAAGGCUCCUAUCGCAUGUCAGCUGUGCAGAGGUCUGACCGGCACAGUCAUUGCUGGUCCAGAUCAUCAAGGUUUCUACCACAUGAAGAUGAUGAUCGAGGAGGGCGAACUGGACACUGUCGUCGUGAAUGCUGAGAACAUCACGCUGCGACUGCGUAGAAGUGCUUUGCCAGAGCUUGCGCGGUCGAUUGGGUCAGAAUCACCUCAGGCGCCUCUCGAAUUGGAGGGUGUGCCCUUCCUGGCUGCAGUCCAGGCGGAGGCGAGCAUGGCGAGCCGCUCGCGCCUGGAGCAAGCGGAGCCCAAUGCCAGGCCCAAGGUUCGGUUUUGUCCGACUGUGUCCGUGGAGCCGAUCUCUGCGCGAUCCUCUCGUGUGGUCAGCCUUUCAGCGGCAGCGGCUGAAUGCUUGCUGGCUUCCGGCGAUGUAUCGCAGCACGCACUGACGGAGGUGUUUGUCACGGAUGAUUGCCCUGGACGGGACCAGAAGUUCGAAGACUUGGACAACGAGCUGUCAAAGUACCGUGAAGGCAGCGGUGUGGCUCCACGUUUGGCAUCUACACAGGCUUUGGGUCCACCUCUGCAGAAGACAUCUUGA